AUGCUUGCUCACCCUUCUCAUCAUUCUCACGCAGCCAAGAUGGGGAGUUUGCACAAGGCCACCUUUGUUCUCCUUAUGCUCUGCAUGUCAGCAUUGGGGAGAGCAGAAUAUCUCAAGUACAAGGACCCGAAGCAGCCCGUUGGCGCCCGCGUCAAGGAUCUGCUCGGCCGGAUGACCCUCACGGAGAAGAUAGGCCAGAUGACGCAGAUCGAGAGGAUAAACGCCACUGCGGAGGUGAUAUCAAAAUACUUCAUAGGUAGCGUCCUGAGUAGCGGCGGUAGCCCGCCUUUUCCCCGAGCGUCUGCUAAGGAUUGGGCUUCAAUGGUGGAUGAAAUGCAAAAGGCCGCCCUCUCCACCCGCCUAGGCAUUCCUAUGAUCUACGGCAUUGACGCUGUGCAUGGUCACAAUAACGUCUACAAAGCUACCAUCUUCCCUCAUAACGUUGGUCUCGGAGCUACUAGGGACCCUAUGCUGGUCAAGAGGAUAGGAGAAGCAACUGCUCUUGAAGUUAGAGCUACCGGGAUUCCAUACGUCUUUGCUCCAUGUAUCGCGGUUUGUAGAGACCCAAGAUGGGGACGCUGCUAUGAAAGCUAUAGUGAAGACCCAUAUGUUGUCCGGUCAAUGACCACAAUCAUCUCUGGCUUGCAAGGUGAUGUUCCCUCAGGUUCCGAGGGAAGACCAUAUGUUGGUGGAAGUAAGAAAGUUGCCGCAUGCGCAAAGCACUAUGUUGGUGAUGGUGGCACGUUUAUGGGGAUCAACGAGGGCAAUACAAUCAUCGACAACCAUGGGAUGAUGACUAUCCAUAUGCCUGCUUACUACAAUUCUAUCAUCAGGGGCGUAUCCACUAUUAUGGUCUCGUUCAAUAGUUGGAAUGGAACAAAAAUGCACGCCAACCAUUACCUAAUCACAGAUUUUCUCAAGAACAAGCUCAAAUUUCGGGGUUUAGUGAUUUCAGACUGGCAAGGCAUUGAUAAGAUUACUACUCCCCCACACCUGAACUAUUCCUAUUCAAUUGAGGCCGGAGUUGGUGCUGGUAUUGACAUGAUCAUGGUUCCUUUUGCCUACACAGAAUUCAUUGAUGGUUUGACAUCCCAAGUUGAGAAAAACAUUAUCCCCAUGAGCAGAAUCGAUGAUGCUGUCUACAGGAUUCUUCGGGUCAAGUUUACCAUGGGUCUAUUUGAGAACCCUUAUGCUGAUCGAAGCCUUGCUGGUGAACUCGGGAAGCAAGAACACCGAGAACUCGCUAGGGAAGCCGUCAGGAAAUCACUGGUGUUGCUGAAAAAUGGAAAAUCCGCCUCCACUCCAUUGUUGCCUCUCCCAAAGAAGGCCGGUAAGAUCCUCGUCGCCGGGAGCCAUGCUGACAACUUGGGCAACCAAUGUGGAGGAUGGACAAUCGAAUGGCAAGGAGAUACCGGCAAUGACAAAACUGUUGGGACGACGAUCCUUUCGGCGAUCAAGUCCACCGUGGACCCCAACACGCAGGUAGUCUUCUCAGAGAACCCGGACAGCGCCGCAGUGGGGAGCAGCAAGUACGACUACGCUAUCGUGGUGGUGGGUGAGCCACCCUAUGCCGAGUCGUUUGGCGACAACUUGAACUUGACGAUCCCCACCCCCGGCCCUGUGGUGAUCCAGACUAUCUGCAAGAGGAUCAAGUGUGUUGUGGUGCUCAUCUCCGGCAGGCCGCUAGUUGUGGAGCCGUAUGUUAGUGCCAUGGACGCAUUGGUCGCCGCCUGGCUGCCCGGCACGGAGGGCCAGGGUGUCACCGAUGUGCUCUUCGGCAAUUAUGGGUUCUCCGGGAAGCUGGCGACGACGUGGUUCAAGUCGGUGGACCAGCUGCCGAUGAACGUCGGGGACAAGCACUAUGACCCAUUGUUCCCGUUUGGGUUUGGCCUCACCACGGAGGCGAAAAAUUGA